ACAACCUUAGACAUAGCACUAACGCACUUGCAAAGCGGAAAUCAAAAUGUAUAAAUCCAAAUUACGGUUAUUUCUAAUUCAAAUCGUUAUCUGUACCUUCUUUUGCAUUGAAAGUGGUCACGGUAAAGAAAUGAACUGUAAAACUUUGUUAAUUAAAGGUAAACCACAGAAAAUAUGUCAAUAUGUAUGUGAUGAAAAUUGCGUGGACGGCAUUUGUGAUUUUAAACCGAAGCGUUGUGUUUGUAAAAAGAGUUACCAUCCGGAGAAUAACAAAUGCCAACCGGAUUGUGCUGCAGGAUGUCCGGCCAAUUCCACUUGCAUCGAAGGCAGUAAUAAUUGUCGCUGCAAUGAUGGUUAUACCCGGGACUCUUCCGAUCAAUGCUCCCCAGUUUGUAGUGUGGAUUGUGGCGAAACAAGAUAUUGUGCUAGUCCUGAUGUAUGUGCGUGUAAAAAUGGGUAUGUGGAAAUAAGCAAUGUUUGUGCGCCUAUAUGUUCGGAAGGAUGCGAAGAGCAUGAGUAUUGUGGCGAGCCUAACAACUGUCUGUGUAACGAUGGUUAUACAAGAAAUACCGCUGGCAAAUGUGAACCUCAGUGCGAUGUGGAUUGCGGUGAGACCGCUUUUUGCUCUUCGCCCAACAUUUGUGCCUGUAAGAUUGGUUUCAUCGAAAAUAAGCAAGACUGUCUACCGAUUUGCUCGCAAGGAUGUGGCCCUAACGAGCAUUGUGCAGCAACAAAGACCUGCAACUGCAACGAGGGUUAUACUAGGAAUACCACCGGCCAAUGUGCACCCCAGUGUCAUACGGCAUGUGGCGAAGACAGCUACUGCGCUGCGCCCGAUAUGUGCGCUUGUAAAGUCGGUUACGAGCAAACCGACAAUGGUUGUGUGCCAAGUUGUCCACAAGGUUGUGCAGAUCAUCAGGAUUGCGUGGCCCCCAAUAAAUGCGCUUGCAACACUGGCUACCAGAAAACGAUUGAUGGUGUCGCACAAUGUGAACCAAUCUGUGAUGCGGCGCUCUGCGGUAAUGCGACUUGUCUGCGACCAGGUAUUUGUGAGUGUAUCAAAGGUUAUGCGCGACUCAAUGGCAGCAUUGAUUGUCUACCUCAUUGUACGGGCGGUUGUGGGCCGAAAGGUGUUUGCACCGCACCCGAUCGUUGUGAAUGCAUCGAAGGGUAUAUGCGUAAUGGCGACGUAUGCAUACCCCAGUGCAAAUUUGGGUGUGGCAUAAAUGCACGUUGCACCGCACCAGAUGUGUGUCAAUGUAUAGAAGGCUUUGAAAACAAACCCCUCCAUGCAUUGGAACAACGUUGUCAGCCAGUAUGUGAGCAAUCGUGUCCACUCUACGCUUAUUGCGCGUCGCCGAAUCACUGCAGUUGCAUCACGGGCUACAGCGUGGUCGACGAUCAAUGUGUGCCGCAAUGCAAAGACAAGUGUGGCGCUAAUAGCAAAUGUAUUGCACCCGACAGAUGUCACUGUGAUAGCGAUUUUCUGGAGCAGGAUGGUAAAUGUUUCAGUUCGUCGGAAUUGAAGUCGUGUAUGAGGGAAAUAUUAUUCAUUCGUAUGCAUGUUUCCUGUGAUACCGGUUCAUUUGUGAUAUAUUUGAUUUAUGGUGGACUGGUCGGUUUCGUACUAAUAUGCACGUUUGUCACUUACAAAGGUGUACAGCACUUGCGCAAAAGAGGUAAAUAUGUGCCGGCACCACCGAAUUUCAUAAUCACAUAUCAACCGCACGGUCGUGAAGACGACGAUGAGUUCACGAAUGCCGAUGGCGAUCUGGCAAGCCCCAGCUACAGCCAACCGCCAGCCUAUAAUAUGCUAACCACAAAAUGUUGAAUAAGAAAGACGACUGAAUUACAUAUAUUGCAAGUUAUCGCGUAUUGAAUAAAUCUAUUUCUUUCAUUUAAUGUCUUGAAACUGUUGAAUAGCAUAAUCAGCCUCAUCGUGAACUUUGCUUCAAUAGAUCAUUCCCAUGACUUUUUAUUUUCACGCGAAUUUCAUGUAAAUUGUUCGCAUUUUAAUUAUAAUAUUGUGAACUUUGACAAGCUGUCACAUCGUUUUUGUCUCAUCGAUUUUCCAUGGGGAAUGGCGUCUACCCGAAGUUCGCGAUAAGGCUGAAUAUAAUUGAAUUAAACUUGAAAUAUCACUUCUCCAACACAUACCAUAUAACCACAUUGUGAUUAGUAGUACUGGAGAUAUACGAGUACGACUGCAACGACAUCUAUUGGCAAAAUACGAAGAGACUCUUUCGACUGGCAAUAAAUGUAUAUAAUUUAUAAGCUGGGUCCAGUAUUGUAUAUGGCUUUUAUAAAAAUUAAUCGAUGAAAAUCAAGUUCUUACCGAAGAACUAAAGCACAUGGCUGUCUUACAAAGAGACCGGUCAAAACCAAGAUACAGAGUUUUUUAACCCCUGAUCCUUUAUAAAAUAUACCAGUGAAGAGUAUUAACGCUUUGGUGCAACUGAAGUUAAUGUGUU